GUAAGCCUACAGGGUAUGGAUCCAGCAGUAGACGCUUACACCACAAGGGAAUAGUGGAUGAAUGCUGCUUCCAGAGUUGUGACCUGAGGAGGCUGGAGAUGUACUGUGCUCCAAUAAAGCCACCUAAAUCUGCACGCUCUGUACGUGCUCAGCGCCACACUGAUAUGCCAAAAGCACAAAAGGAACUGCAUUUGAAGAAUACAAGUAGAGGGAACACAGGAAACAGAAACUACAGAAUGUAAGAUCAUGCCAUCCAAAAGAAUGAAGAAUGAAUGUGCCAUCUGCAGGAUACUUUGCUGUAAAUAAAUUAUUUGUUAAACAUUGGAAGACUAAAAAAACUAUGGUUUAAUAAGCUUGAUGCAAUCUCAACCAAUGGGCAUUCUCCCAGUGAACAAUGCAACUAAACAUUCCAAUAUUAAGUCUUUUAGAAAACAGAACAUUUUAACCAGCUCAGAGCUAAAAAAAAUCUGUGGUUGAUAUAUUACUGUGUGUUAACCUCUUUUAGAUGUCCUGCACAAAAUCUCUUAAAGUCCUGUGCCCCUCAAAAGCCUACAAAUUUAUGGGCCUUUGAUGGAUCCAAUUGCACUAAAUUAACCUAUGAACACUGGCUGCUGGAGUCAUUCAUCAGCCUUGUCUAAGUGGUGUUUUUUAUUUGCACUUCUAUACAAGCAACAGGCUGUUUGUUCUACAGCGUCUGAUAACAUUGUUUGUCUACCCCUUCAUAUUUGCACAGUCUGACAUUCCCAGUAACAGCAGCAGUAAGGUAACAUAUACGGUUUUGAACAUCCAUUAAUUCCAUCUGUGACAUUUUGACAGAACAUGGGUUACAGAUACGAUUGUUUUAAGACAGCUUUAUUUUUCCUUCUCUUGCAAAGAUGCAGUUUAUUGCAAUUUGUGAGACAAAAGAUUUUUAAAAGCAGUUACAGCAUACAUAGGCUCUCAAAGCAUUAAUGAUUCUUCCAGGUAAUUGUUUGCAACAGUAUAGGUAACUUUUUUCUUCCUCCAUAUAAUGCAGUAUGUAAAAUUUAGCAUAUCAAUAAUACGCAUAUAUCAAACAGUAUGUAAAAAUCUCUGUUUUAUAGUACAACGGUGCUAUUUUAUAGUUUGUUAUAUGAAAGGGUCUGGCCAAAACAGUAAUAGGUAAAAGCAAAUAUGGAAACAUGACGUUUAAAUAAUAAAAUAAUUCUGUGAAUAUUUGGUUUAAUUUACUAAAAUGGUUAUGGAUUCCAAUAUGGAAAAAACUUCCAUC